UGCUGAGGAGAGUCCAUCCAGUGCAGUAAAGGUUCAGGACGGUGACGUUCUCUUGGAGCCAACACUGCUGGGGCCUCCGAGAGGAGACGGCAGCACUUUUUCCCUGUUGAAAAACUGGAGUCUGCAACUGAGGCAGCAGUCUCUCCUGUCAGAGGAUGAGGAGUACACCACGGGGUCAGAGGUCACUGAAGAUGAGGUGGGAGAUGAAGAGGAGCUGUCCAAGAAACAAGCUGCUAAGAAGGCCAAGAAGACCCACAGACCUCUGAAAAAACAAGUGUCCUCUCCAAACUUCCAACGCAAAGACAAACCAGAGAAAUCCAGGGACAACACACCUUUCACCGUGAGUGUCCAGAAAAGCAAGUGGGACAGUUCUCGCUCCAUGCGAUACAACCAGGACGCUCAGAGGGAAGAAGACCAGCGUCGCAUGGUAGAGAUCAUCAGCCACCUGACUAAGAUGAGGUUUGGAGACCAGGAACAGAGCAAAUCUAAGGAUAUUAAAGAGCCUACAGGGGGAAUCUACUCCAGACUGGAAGCCCAAUUUAAAGGAGCCUCUCAAGCCAGACAGACUUCAGAGAAGAUACCCAGAUCAAAAAUACGCUAUGCUCAAAUCCGAACAACAUAAAGGACUUGAUGGGAAAGAGGCCGCUGAGCUGCUUAAGAGACGAGCGUGAAAACUGACGAAGAGCUCACGUAGAGUCAAGAGAACAAAGAGGAAGAGGCGAGAUCCUUCUGUGAGGGCUCAGUACAACAAAACACCUUCUUACUGGCAGCCCCUCUAGCACGGCCACCACUUAUAACCCAGCUAUGGACUCAAGCUCACCCCCUUGUCAGUCCUGUUCCUACCCUCUUUGCUUAACUCAGGUGACUAUGUAUGAAUCACCAUCAACUGCAUCCUAUGUCGCUCAGAUAGCUAUUUAUUUGUGCAGCUGUGCUCAGUCCUUGAAAAACAAGGGAGGAGAACUCUGGAUCUGGAUCCUCUCAGCGUGUCUUCAGAAUUUAUUUUUGGAGAAGUGGGGGAUUCCUACAAAGGACAACAUAAGAAGCGCUAGUUUAUUCUUUUCCGACCGUCACCUUACCCGAUGAUCUGAAUUACGUGGAUCCAGUGAAGUCCACACUUACAGGACUAAGAAAAUAGUUUACGAGAGAAAGAAAUUCUGCUAAAGACCAGGUAGGGAAGUUUACUGCUUCAGUCACAGAACAUUAAAUUAACUCUGUAUUAGCAUUAAUUGUCUUCUGUGGUGAAGCCCAGUUCUGGUAGACAUGUAGUUAUAGCCAUUCCUCUGUCCUGGAAUGUGACCAUACUGUACAACACUGGGACCAAUAAAACAUGAAUGACACUGA